AUGUACACUCACCAUGUUGUUCAUGAGGUUCGGUGUCAUGCGCAUUUGUUGGGCAUUACAGAACGGUACCAGGACGAUCGAAUUCCACCCUGGAAAUACAACCUUGUACGGAACACGUUCUCUAAACGUGAGAAAUCACCAGAAAAGCGUUUGGCGGAUACGCAGCCGCCAGAACCGGAGUGA